AUGGGGAUGAAGGGAGGAGGAGUAGGAGCGGCCGGAGGGAGUAGUGGGGGUGAUGAGGCAUGGGCUAGGGCCGCAGGGGACGGGGACGGGGACGGGAAGCAGGCGGCGGCGGUGCGGGCUCCGUCGUGGCGUGAGCGGGAGAACAACCGGCAGCGGGAGCGCUGUCGCCGGGUGAUCGCGCGGAGGAUCUUCGCCGGGCUGCGCCUGUACGGCAACUACGCCCUCCCCAGGCACUGCGACAACAACAACGUGCUCAUGGCGCUCUGCGAGGAGGCCGGCUGGACCGUCGAGGCCGACGGCACCACCUACCGCAAGGGACCCAAGCCUGAUCGGGCAGGUGAUCAGCACAUGGCCGACAUCGGCGGGUCUGCUCCGGCUCCGGUGAAGAACCCAGGCGGAGCUUCCUACAGCCUGACCCGGGCGUCGUCACCCUCCGGCAUCAUGCUCGGCGGCGGUGGCAGCGGCGGGUCGUCCGACCCAAUUCCGGCGUGGCUCAAGAACCAGUCCAAGCAGCUCAGCGACAACUCGUACCCAAAUUUCUUCGCGAGCUCCUCCAACUCCAAGGCGCCGGCGACGCCGCAGGACGGCUCCGCGCCCUCGUCCCCGCUGCGCCUCCGCAAGAUGUCGCGCUACUCCUCCCCGCCGCCAAGCUCGGCGAGGGCCUCGGCCUCCAACUCCAACGUGCUGCCGCCGCCUCCGUGGGCCACGGGUGCUGGCGCCAGCCGCUUCUCCUUCCAGACCUCCACCCCGCCGCUAAUGAGCACCGUCAAUGGCCGGACCCCCGGCCCCGACCCGGUGAGCCUGCUGGCGGGGUUCCAAAUAUCCAACGCCGCGGCCAACAAACAGGCAGCGGCGUACAGCAGCAGCUUCGUGGCGUCCGGCGCGUCGUCGCUCGGUGCCGGGAGCUCUGCAUCUGGUUCUGGCUGGAAGCCCUGGAUGCUCCCGCCGCUGCCGGGACGCAGCAGAAGUGGGGCGUCGGCCGCGAUCCGUGGCCGCGGUGGCGCGCUGAUGUCGGGCCGCGGUGGCGCGCUGAUGUCGGGCCGCGGUGGCGCGCUGCUGUCCCCGCUCGGGUUCUCGUUCCGCAGGAGCGGCGGGGAGCAGGCGGGCGCGAGGGAGGAGGACGUGAUGACCGAGAAGAACGCCGACGAGGAGGAUGGCCUGGAGCUCACCCUGGGGAACGCGGCGACGCGCAAGGACCGCGCUUGA